AUGAAGUUUUCCAGAUCUACUUCAACUCAUCUAACCAACUUAUCAUUUAGAUCUAAUCCUCUAACUACUAUAUAAACACCUUAAAGCAAUUCCCGUUUAACUGAAGUCAAUUCCAAGAUCGAUGAUCUAUUAAAAAAAUCUUCAACUACUUUUACUAAACCAGAAAUUAAGCAUUAAUAACAAGAUAAAAAAUUAACUUAAACUCAUAGUUAUACACUAAUACUUGAAUAAAUUUAAAGAGAAAAAAAGCAACUACUAACUAUAUUAUUAUAAAAAGAUGGCAUUAUUAGAGAAUAAUAGAAUAAAAUUACACAAUUGGAUUUGUAAAAUAAAAGUUUAAUGAAAUAGCUAACUUAAUUUAAUAAUCUCUAACCUUAAAUGGAAAAAUUAGAAGAAUAAUGUCAAUUAAUAAUUAAAGAUAAUGAAUAACUGAAAUAUGAAAAGAAUCAAAUACAAACUUCACUUAAUUAUCUAAAAUGCUAAAAUUUAUAAAUUAUUAGUAAUGAAAUUCGAAAUUCACUAUAACAAUUACAUUCAUAAAUCAAAAAAUACUAUAUGACUAAUUACAAAGAUGAGUACUAUAAUAUGUAGUUAAGUAGAAUGUCAUUAAAAAUUAAUGAUUUAGAUUUCUAUACUAUAUUAAGAGAUUGUUUGGACAGUAUACUAUAUAUGAUUAAAAACACUGACAAUUCUAUAGAAAAUUUAAUAAUAAAAAAUGUUAAACCAUGA